CAGUCAGUCAGCCAGCCAGAUACCUCCCCUCAGGUCGUCGGGCACGGUUGGGGACGAAGGGGGCGGCAGGGCCAGCAAGUACCAGGCACCGCUGUAACCCACUGCAAUGCGCACUCCAAUAGUUGUAAAGGGUUCUGUAACCGGAUGGAUACCGUCACUUCCCGGGACGGGGCAGGCGGACAUUGGGUUGCUCGGCUGCACCAGUGUAUGUACAUCGAACAAGUGGAAAGGGGACAACGGAAAGGAACACCAGCCGGGAAAAAGGAUGACCGGGCACGACGGUUGAAAGGAAGUGUAACAGAACCCCACAAUGUUCGGAACCUGAGAGGUGAUUCGGGUGAAUGUCAUUCAUUCAGUUGACAUUGACAUUGACAUUGACAUGUCAGGGCAAAAGUCGGUCGCCAAAAUCUCACCUCCCCACAGGUUACGGUCCCAGACAUCUGGGAGAACCAAACAUUCGGAAGCGAGCGGGACGGAACCAGCACACUGGAAGAGAUCAACAUGUCGGUUCUGACGUCCAUGCUGACGACGGGGCUGACAAAGCCCGCCCCCGAAGCUUUGGUAAAUUGCAAGAGAGUCCCAGGGAUAGCGAUGGACGAGCGAGCGGGCUACAUACGCCAUGGCGGAGAAGAUGUCCAAAUAAGGUUUGGACGAAGAAUGUGGGACGAAUCAGGGUCCAAUUCCUAUCAAGACAAGGGACUCCUUUCUUUUUGGCUGUUCCCUGGUUUAACGCGACCAUGGAGAUUGGCAAGGAGGAGACAACUUUUGUGAAGAGCAGCGAUAUUCCUUGAUGGGCAGGCCAAUGAAGGUUUAGUGUAACUAACACCAGAACUGAGCAUCCAAAAGAGGAAUGGAACGCGUCUUGACUUUCCCG